GAUUUAAAAAUUUCCUAUUUAAUUGAUUGCUCUUCUUGCAAAGACCAGCACAGGAAAUUAUUUUAAGAAUUUGUCAUAAUUGAAAUUAAAACUAUCUGCCGCCUUUAAUUCCUCAUUUUAAACGGCCAGCAGACAGCAGAUGAAAUUUUUUACAAAAUGAAUUAUUUCGAGCGGCAUUUCUGAUGAUCGAAGAGGUCCGGCGAGAUGGUUGUAUCGAAAUUCAAAAACUUCGACGAGCUCGCCACCGCCACCCGAACGUGUUUGGCACCAUGCUUAAAUCAAACAGCAUUUCCGGUUUCGCUUCCCAUUUUUUGAAGUUCCCAAGUUCAUGGCUGUCUAAUGAUUCUAAUCUACUGUUAAUUAAGGGUUCUUCCCAAGGUGAAACGUAUGUGUCUUUUUUAUAGUGUGUGUUGAAUACUGCCAGUUUCUAUUCUUCUGUUAAACCUUAAUGAUUAACAAGUAAAGCCUGUACAGGUCCACUGGCAUUUUUAGUGCAUUUGAGAUUUUAAUUUGUGAUCUAUAAAAUUGCUUCACUGCUGCAGACCACCUUCUGUUUUUAAUCAGUAAAUGAUGGUUUUUUUGAUUUUGUGAUUCUGUCAUUCAACAAUUUUUCUGCAUGAUUGCUCGAAGAACUGAAGCAUCUAAUUGAUCCAGUCAUGAAGGUAAAAAUUCUCAGUAGGAAUCCAGACCAGUAUUUGCCGGAAACAAAACGGGAUAUUCCAAAAGUUUCCCGUAAUUAUGAUCCUUCCCAACAUCCAUUCGAAGCGGCCAGAGAAUACGUUCGUGCUGUGAAUUCAGCCAAGUUAGAGCGACUGUUUGCAAAACCAUUUAUCGGAUCGUUGGACGGACAUCGUGACGGUGUCCAGUGCCUUAUUUGUCAUCCUCAGAGCUUGUCGACCCUUGUUAGUGGAGCGUACGAUGGAGAAAUCCGUGUGUGGAAUUUGGCGGACCGGCGGUGUCUGCGAAGUGUCCAGGCGCAUCGCGGCAUUGUGCGGGGUCUGUGUUUUAGCAGCGACGGCAAAUUCGUGUUUUCGGUGGGAGAUGACCAGAAUAUUAAACAGUGGGAUUUGGUGGAUCUGGCUGAGCCCGUUGGGACGCUCAUGAGCAAGACAAAUCUUUUGUCGAUUGACCAUCAUUACAGCGACUCCAAAUAUGCAACUUGUGGUGAAGCUGUGGAAAUUUGGGAUGAAGCGCGCUCUCACCCUAUCCGCUCGUACUCAUGGGGAGCGGAUUCUGUUCAUGCUGCGAAAUUUAAUUGCAUUGAGACCAAUAUUAUCGCCAGUUGUUCUGCGGAUCGAAGCAUAGUGCUGCAUGAUAUUCGGCAGGCAAAUCCGUUGCGCAAGGUUACGCUCGCUAUGAAAACCAACACGCUUUGCUGGAAUCCCAUGGAAGCAUAUAUCUUUACCGCAGCCAACGAAGACUACAACUGUUAUUCUUUUGAUAUGAGAAACCUCUCGACUCCCACUAUGGUUUAUUCCGACCAUGUUUCAGCAGUACUGGAUCUGGAUUAUUCCCCAACCGGAAAAGAGUUCGUGACAGCCAGUUACGAUAAGACCAUACGUAUUUUUCCCGUCGAAAAAGGCCAUAGUCGGGAGAUCUAUCACACUAAGAGAAUGCAGCGUGUCACUAGCAUCCGAUAUAGUCGCGAUAAUCGUUUCAUUAUUUCGGGAUCGGAUGAAAUGAAUAUCCGUCUAUGGAAAUCUCACGCUUCGGAGAAACUUGGUUACCUGGCUCCCAGAGAAACCGCUGCAUUUCGCUACAGUGAGAAGCUAAAGGAGAAAUACGGUCAUCAUCCGCAAGUCAAACGCAUUUUACGUCACCGCCACUUACCCAAGCACGUCUACAAUGCCAAGAAACAGAACCAGGAGAGUCGGUUCAGUAAGAAACGGAAGGAAGCCAACCGGCGAGCGCACAGUAAACCUGGAGCUGUGCCAUAUGUUCCUGAGCGGAAGAAGGCUGUCAUUAACGAACAGGAAUAAUUGUUCAGAAUUUCCGUCUUUUGCGCACUUGGUCUUUGAUUUUGAUGAUAGCGUGCGAGCUGUCGGUUUCAGAGGUACUGUGUUUAGGAUGUUGGGGAGCAGUAAUUAUAAAGAAAGAAACAUGUACGGGUGUAUGACACUAGACAGUAGCCGGUAUACAUGACCUUUUAUACUUAGGGUGUUGAAAACUUGGCAGCACUGAUAUUCAUCCGUACUAUGUUUUGCGAAAGAAAACAUUUCAGGUAUUCCGAGAUUAUACUGUUUGGGAAACGUAAUUUCAGUGUGCGAUUUGGCGGAUUUGUUGCUUUCGUAUUAAAUAAUGUUGGCUUACGGUUUAAUUUUUUAUUUUAAAACUGUUUUAAUCUGGU